AUUGACCCGGCGAAAUUUCCACGUCUGUUUUUCAAAAGAGAAUACCACUUUUUACUCCAUUUGCUUGCUAUGCAAGUUGUUAUAGUAUGUGGUAGAUAUUUUUCUUUUGUAGUGGUAUUUUUCGCACUGGUCGCCUUCCAGCCCGACUUUUCUUUAUGAUUUACUGUGUUGCACUUUACAAGUGAAAAGCUUCAUGAAAAUUUCUUUGAACAUGUCAAAAAAGUUCUUGGUACACAUCCUCCUAGUUGUAAACAUUUUAGUGUGUAGCGGACUUAGAUCAGCUGCAAGAGAAAAGAAGGCGAAAUGUCCAACGUGUAGUGAUAUAGUGGAAGCUUUUAAGAAGGUAAACACUUUUGCUUUGUUAUCUGUGUCAAAGUCACGUAAAGUAGAAAAUGAGUUAACGUAGUGAUUUCUAUGUAAGAAUGUAAGGUUUUAAAAUCUACUUGUCUUAUCAUCAUAUUUAUAUGUCAUCUGCAAAGUGGAUAGAUUUGACAGAUUUGUUACAUUUCGGUAAUUUAAUGUUACUUACAAAUAGUACAGCAAUCAUACUAAUGAAUCUAUUUAAAUAUGAAUUUGACCCCCUAAAAAACAAUUUUUUUUUUUGAUGAUGCUUUUCAUAAAUGAAGCGGGUAAGAAUAGACGGCCGGAGAGGUACAUGGAGGGAGAACGGUAGAGAGUUGGGGAGAAAAUAUGUAGCAAUGCUCAGUAGUUUGCAAUUGAAAAGGGCUUAAUGCAUCAGUCAAUUACACCUGUGCCCAGCCCCCCCGGGCUACUGCGGGGCAUUUGCCCACCUUGUCAGUCCCGGGGGUGGGGCAUUGGCAAAUUUUGCACUGCCUGGGGGCCGGGCAUUUGCCAACCCCCAGGCCAUCCCCAAGCUUUUGACACGCACAUGGUUUCCUAUCAGAAUAUAACUGCACAGAAGGUUUUACUGGAAUAAAUUGUAGAGAGUUGUAAAGGCAUAUUCUCCAAAAUAACAUGUAUGUAUGCAUUUCUUCAUUGCUUAUCAAGCCAGAAUAACAGCAAAAUUGGAGCUAUGGAUGUGAAUCAACGUUUUUUGGUUACUGAAUCAAAUUUCUAUUGAUUUUAUUUGAAGAACAUCCUUUCAUAUUCAUAAAACUAUUCAUAACAUAUAACUUUACAGUGCUCUAUUAAUUUUAAUGCCAAUAAUUUUAUAUCAAUACUAAGACCAUAAACUGGUGCAUGUCAUCGCGGCGUGAAGUCUUAAUUAGAAUCCUCAUGCUAUUAAAAAAUCGCACAUUAACAUGCUUAAAAUGCUUAAAAUGUCACUAUUUGAAUGGCUGUAAAUGGCACUAUUUGACAGUGCGAUCAAUGACAAAUGUUGCAGUGUUGACGGAGGACGGGGCAUUUGCCCUCUUUUUUCGUUCCCACCCCUGGGGAUUUGACAGCUCAAGAGUCCCCACCUCCGGGAAUUUGCUAUCCAAGGCAAAAAGAAUGCCAGUGCUCGGGGGUCAGCCCGGGGCGGGGCUAGGCACAGGUAGAAUUGACUGAUGCAUAAGUUAGGAAGCCAAGAAAAAAAGGAUGGGAGCUAGAAAUGCACGGUAUGGGCGGUUGAAGGUUUAGACCCCCUACUCCCCUCCCCCCCCCCAUCUGUAGAAGAAGGUUUAGUGUGAUACAAGUGUAUGUUUUCUAGAGACUGUGGGUUUUUAUUUUGUUUUCUCUAAGACAUCUUAGAAGCUUUAGAAAGUGAACUGUCUUGUCAACGUAGUUUUUGUGGUCAUACAGCUUUAGUAUUUUUUCUCCACAAAAUAAAUGUUUUGUUUGAAGGUGCAUUAAGAACUGAACAAAUCUAGAAGCUAGGUAACUGUAUUUGCUAUAAUAAUGUGGCUGCCCUUGUUGACAAUUUUCUUUGUGUCUUGUUUAAGGGUAAAGAUAAAACAGAAAAAUCAAACUUUGGUGGUGGUAACACAGCUUGGGAAGAAAGAGCACUUGGAAGUUGGGCACAAAGGUGAGGUGGUUUCUUAGAGAUCUUCCCCCUGGGGGGGGGAGUAGGGGGGACUCCUAUUACAUUAGAUAAAAGUAUGUGCUAUAGAGAUAACUGAAAACUACAGUUAAUCCACUUUUUUCCUAUUUACUACGUUACGUUUUUUUUUAAUUAUUAUUUUUAGUGAGUUGUAAUGCUUUAAUGGAAAUACCGUCUCUGUAUAUGGGAAUGCUAAUAAAGUCGUCAUUGUUGUUGACUGCCAUAUAAAAGUGACAGGAUCGCUGUUGGAAAAUUAGAAUGGAGUCCUUGAAGGAGACCAAUCUGGGUGUGGCUCAGGCUCUGUUGACUCCUAAAGGAGACCAUACUCAAACAAAUGUCUUAACAGUAUUUGCCUCUUCAUAAUAUAUAGAUUUAGCCAGGGCGUUAAUAUACUUAUAGUUUACUCAUCAAAAAUUUAAAUGGUAUCAUGCUAAAUGGCAAUGGCAACAAAAAUGGCAAAAAAUAAUCAAUUGCUCUAAAGGUGUGAUAAAACAGGCCACAAAAAACUUGCAACUUGUUUAGCAACACUGCUGCAAAGCGAGUUGAAUAGCAUGGCAAUGUUAAGAGUUUUACCACCUACGAAAUGAAAAGCCUUCCAGCCAUAUUUGUUGGAAGACAAGUUCAAAAGGUGGUGGUAAAAUGCGCAACAUCGCUAUUCAACCAACUCGUUUUUUAGCGAUGCUUGAACUAAACAAGUUUGAAUGUCUUUUGUUGCCUGUUUUACUGUUGCUUAAUUAGCAAAAAACAACUUGGCAUGUGCAGCACACUUUUUUGUACAUUUCUUUGCGGUUGUUUUGCAUGACCACAAGGUGAAAUUUCCUAGUUACAUGUUUUAUGAAGGAAUUGCUAUAUGUGUUCCUUUUCGCUUCUUUUUUUACUGCUGCUUAUUUUCACCUUGGAGGCCACAGGCAUUUCUCAUUUUCUCACUGCCGCUACAAAAAUGUUCACAUUUUUGUUGCAAUGAAAUUUGUUUCCUUUGUUUUUUACCUCUCUCUGUUAUCCAUGUUGGUGUAGACAUUAAAAUUUAGCCACAAAAAAAAUACUUGGCUUCAACAGCUGUCAAUUGAUCUUCAUAUAGAUGUUUAUGGGCUCCUGCCAUCCCUUACUAUAGUGCUGGUAGUAAAUGUAAGAUUCGACAUUGGCUUAACAUGUACUGGGUGAACGGACAUACAGAUGGUCACAGAUUACCAAAAUUUUUCACAUCCAUUGCUUACCAUUUUUUCUACCUAUGGUGCUCUUCUGUGCACACUUCAUGCGCGCAAGAGCUCCACUAUGAAUGUAUCUCUGGACACAACCCUUAGUGAUACCUUAAUGGCUACAAAAUUGGCAUUCCUUCCUGAAUGCCCCAAGUAAAGAAAGAAUUAUUUUAAGUAUUUAUUAAUAGUCACACUGUUAUUUCAUCACUGUCUGGAGACAAAGAAGCUUGUCUUUCCUGAAUGGCAAAAUUACCGAAUGCUACUUUCGGGCAUUUCCUGUGCUGUAUGUUACAUGUAACUCUAUUAAGAGGCUCACACCCCAGAAGCUGUGUCUCAAUAUAAAUAUGCAAUAAAAGGUACUUAGUCACAUCUUUAGUUAAUGUUGAUUUAUUCUUUGUUAAGCUGUGUAAAAAAUGUUCCCUUAGCCCCUCCCUUUGGAUUUUUACCCUUCAAUUCAUUAACUCAAUCAUUGUUAUAUAACUAUAUGCUUUGGUUAAGUCUGCUAAGCAACUUGUCCAAGCUCAGUUAUCUUGUUUAUUUCACUUAAUUUUCCCCAAUAACAACCUCACAAGUUCCAACCCAGCAGUCCAGUAGUGUAGCAAGAUAUGUGAGUGACAUGUGGUCAUUCAGUCCAUAAUAGGUUUUUGGGUUGGUGGCCUUUAGCCAGGGGCACCCAAUGACCGAAUGUUUCCAAAUACCCCAAAAGUGUCUCAGGUGUAUUUUUUCUGUGCUUUAGAAACCUGUUUGGUUAAUUUGGAGUUGCCCUAAAAACUAUCAGUCUGUUUGGAUGUCUAAGGGGAACUUUGGUUGUUAUGGACAUUUUAGGUGGCUUUUUCGUCUCAUCUGAAAGUGUUAGCUGCCCUUAUGGGUCCGGUCGAAAGUUUGAGGACGUGAAGUUGUCUUGCAUGCUUUCAUUAGUAAAUUAUAGGGGACGUUUUGACUUCAUACCGAAAGUUUUAGGAGACCUUUUUUUUAACAAUAAUCGCAAUAUCUUGGUAUUAAAAUAUGAAUAACACAACCUCCGAAAAUUGUAGCUAAGCUAUUAGAAAACCUCCAAACAUUUUAGAUGAAUGGAACGGUUAUCCAGAAAUUUUUAGCUUUUCUCAAGCUUUAGAAAUUUUUCGGCAAUAUUUGCUCCUUCAAACAGUUAUUUUAUAGAAAAAAGACGCUAGGUGCCCCUGUUUGGCUUGUAGUGUUGCCACUGCAGAGCAUUGUUGUUUAUUGUUGUUUGCAUAGACCUCAGCUCAAAGUGCCUGAAGAAGAGAGGCCUAAAAGGUGUCAUGCAAUAGAAGUUGAUAGUGAUGUCAAUGCUGGGAGCAGUCUCCGUCAAAUUAAACCCAGUGGUCUACUCUUUUUUAUACUUCUUUUCUGUUUGGAUAUAUACUCUUAACAGCUAACAAUUGACAUUUUCAAUCCAUUGUGGUAGUGAUCUAAUUGUAUCUCAAAUACAUAAUAUUAUUUAUAUAUUAUUAUUUUGGUCAUAAUGCAUUUAUCGUUGUUUUACUGUUCAAUCAAGAGGUUAAUGAGUCUAAUGAGGAAAUAAAUCAAUUUGGGAUUUACAUUGUCUUGUAUCCUGAUUUUCAGUGAAACCAGAUUAGUUGAAGUUAUGGAAGGACUUUGUGAUGAUAGUGCUUCAGAGGUAGGAAGAUACUAAAAUUUUUGGCAUCAUUUUGGGUUUCUUGCUAAAAUGCUACCUGUUUAUAGCUAAAACAGUAAAAUGCCUGCAAAGUGUUCACUUAUAUAAAUGUGGAAAUUUUGCGUAUCUUGUAUUGUUCUAAAAUAAUGAUAUUACCAACCCAGCUCAGGAGAAUUAUUUACUUAACUCAGAUGCCUGAUGUGGUUAUGUGUGGCCUAAUACUGCCUCAUAUAUCCAGAAAAUCUCAGCCAGCAAAAUAAAUAAUUAUCUGUAAAACUGUGAAAAUUAUCUGUGAAAUUAUCCGUAAGUUGGUCCACUUUUAGGACAAAAAAAAAAAGGUGUCAUUUUGAAAAUAUAAUCGUGGUGAAAUAGGGACCAAAUUUGAGCUCUAACCCAGGGGGCACAUACCGAGGGGGGGUACUCCCAUACAUUACCUAUUCAGGUAUGUGCCACCCAACGGGGUCGUGAUUUUGAAGCUCCUGAUUUACAACGGGGUAUCCAUUUCAGAGGCGUUUUCUAGAACGGGGUAUAAAAAUUUGUGGAUCAGGGCUUUAUAUUCUGCUUAAGAUUGUUGCUGAUUAUGAAGAAGCGUUUAUUUGAUGUAUAAGUUGAACAACUAAAGAAAUAUCUUUAAAAAAAAAAAAAACAGGGCUAUUUCAAUUUACAAACUUUCUUGAACGGAGUAUAAAAAAUUGGCUCAUUUCUAGAACGGGGUAUCAGUUUUAGGGCGAAUUCUAGAACGGGGUAUAAAAAAUUGGCCCAUUUCUAGAACGGGGUAUCAAUUUUAGGGGAAAUUUUUUUUAGAACGGGGUGCCAAUUUGGAGUCCCUGGCGGCACAUAUUCACCCGAAAAAUACCCCCCGGGGCACAUACCCAGUAGGAGACAUUUUGCAGCUCACACCUUGUUAAGGUUGCACUGAUCAGGACAUAAUCUAAAGAUUGAUCUGGGGGGUAGUUUUUAUCGACUAAUCAAUUCCAGUAGUCUGCUAUAUUUCCAUGUGUGUAAAGUUACAGUACAUUUGGUUUGAUUUUUCAGUGCCAUGCAAUGGUAGAAGAGCAAGAGGAAACUUUAGAAGAAUGGUGGUUUAAACAGUGAGUGUCCAAUCAUGAUUGAAUGCUGUAUCAUUUGAAGAACUGAUUGAUCGAAUCUUGACUAAAGCAGUGACAAUGCUGAGCUAAGAAUUUAGAUGUUUCCAUCCUCCCCAGAACAGAGACAAUAUGUUUUUAAAAGCCUCAUUGCCAUAUAAAAUGGGAUGUUCAGUUUUGAGUUCAAUGAAUUGAAGUUUUGUGUAUGUUACAGCCCAUCAUACUCAAUUAGGUCGAGUUAUAAAGAAACCUGUAAGACUGGACUUAUGAACAAUUUCCUUUAACCCUACCCUAGUAUGUAGAUUUUAGUGUCUCGUGACUUUGUUCCCGUGUACUCGGUUGAAGAUUGUAAGUUGUAGAAUUCCCUGUACUUCCAGUUGAAAAUCUGUGUAUUUGAGCCUUGUUGAGCAGUUGUGCUUCUUCACUUUUUCAGCAGUGCGUGAAUGACAAUUUGUUCGUAACUUGUACAUUUAUUUAUUAAAGUCAGUGGCCCCACUUCUUCAUAAGGUGUGAUCCUGAUCAUGAAUUUCUUCCAUGAUCAAAAUUCUGGCUAACAACUUCCUUUUCAAGAGAUAUUUCUUUAAUGAUAUUUUUUCUUACAGCCAGUUUAAAGAUGAAAAUAUUGAUAUGAAGAAAUGGUUUUGCAUUGACACAUUAGAAGGUAAGAGAUCAAUUUCAAGCAUGUAAGUUUUAAACCAUGAAGACAUCAUUCAACCAAAACAAGUCUUUCAAACAAAGAGAAUUAUUUCCAGUUUUUUAACUACCAGCUUUUCUAACACUGUCUCUUACUGAGUGCCACUCAGGCAUUAAUAUAAUGCUGGUAAGCAUAGCAAUAUCAUGACUAUCUUCUGUGUUAAUGAAAAUAUGAUAGAAGUUUGUAGUAAAGCUCUGCAGUGCUGGAUCCCACUGAGUAACUGUAGGAAAACUAGAUAAUCAUGUACAGUUACCUUAUCAUCACAGCACCAUUGCAAGAACACUGCAUGCAUUGUGUUAAUUCAAUGACACCCUUUUCUUUCAGUUUGUUGUCCUGAGGGCACUUAUGGUCCUGACUGUACAGGUAAGCAAACACCCCUCUACCUUCCUAAGUUUGAUGCCCUUGCCUAAUCUUCAUUUGAUAACCAACAACAAUGUUUGUGAAGAAGCAACAAGAGGAAAGCAGUGAGCUUGUUGAUGUUAAGCUUAGAACUGAGGAAUAAGUACCAAGAAAGUUGGUAAAACCAGCCACAGAGUUAUCAUUUUUGUUUGUGUUGCAGAAUGUGCAGGUGGUAAAGAUAGUCCUUGUAAUAGUCACGGAAAAUGUGAGGUACGUAUCUGAGAUGUCAGACAAAGGAACUCUUGUAACAAGCAAAGUUCUCCAUCCUUCGAUUUUAUUCCUCGUGACUUGAUAAAUACACAAUAAUCUUAGGCCAAUUCAUACUUGUUCAUUACAAAGUAAGGGUGUGGCAGGACCCAUUGCACCUACCCAGCGCAAGGGUUAUUCUGUGUUUUGUAUUUCCUCUUUGUUACAACACAGGGCGAUGGUACCAGAGAGGGAUCAGGCAAAUGUUCAUGUGACUCUGGAUAUGAAGGAGAGUUGUGUGAUGAGUGUGCCGACUUGUUCUUUGAAGAGGCGGGUGAAGAUUCUAAACCUAAAUGUACUGGUAAGUCAAUGAAAGUUGGAAUGUAAUUAUGUAAAAUUCUGUGUUAUUUGGUAAAUACACCUGCAAGUGAGCUUAUUCAAGAGCAGAUACAAAUUCCAAGGUUAAAAUAAUUACUAUGAUGAGCAUCCACUGAAAAAAAGAGUAGUUUACCUCAUCAUCCCUGUCCUCUACCCCACCCUUUUUGCCCCACCUUACAUUUACAAUUCCACUUGAUGAUAGUCCUUACUAGUCUUCAAAGCUGGUGGCCAUUUUGUUUGGUGAGUGUGCAAAUGAGCAGCAAAGCUGUGAAUGCAUUGGUGAAUCAAAAUCUGGGCAAGCAGUUUUCCCACCCUGUUUUCCUGCCCCUUUCUCUUUACAACUUUGGUAUUCACUCUUGAUCCCCUCUGUUGCCUCCCUCCCCUCCCCAUCAAAACCAUGAGCUUCACGCAGGCAGGCUAGUUUCUUACUUUAGAUGUACAUGCUUCUGUUUCCCCAGUGAGAGGCUAUUUUUAUUUUGGAAUUAAUGUGCCUCCUUGAAGGGAAGUACAUGUAGAUGUACCUGUUCAUGUUAGUGAUUGUUAACAUGCCAUACUUUGCAUGUGUCAACAGCCUGUCAUGAGUCCUGUGCAGAAAGUUGUAGUGGCAGCUCACCCAAAGACUGUGAGAAAUGCAAAGAAGGUUGGGACAUGACAGAAGAUGAAGGCUGUAAAGGUGUCUAUUAUUUUGUGUUGAAUUUGCCAUAAAGCCAUGUUAAGUAGAGUACCUUGUUUUAUGGUGGUUACUCAUACCAUUACGCAUUAGACUGACAAACCCGAGGCUGACAUGUGCACUCAUUUUACCUGCCUCACUCCAUCAGUGCUCUAUCUUAGGGGUAUCUUAAACUACCUUAAUCUAUAAAUCUACGUGGAGGCAUGUGUGGCUAAGUAGUCAAGGUGGCUGAACACAGUUUUGUGGGCGGUCAGCGGUAACGCGCGUGACGGCAAGUGUUUUGAAUUAAGCUAACAAACAUGGCGGCGAAAAAGCAAUGGUACGCAGAAAACAAUUUCUCAAAUCUUAUCAAAAUUUUGUGAUAUUUGGCAGAAUUUUAACUUUUAUCGUAUUUUAAAUAAUUAGAACUUUAAAAAGGAAGUUGAACAGACAAAUUUUGUAACAUAUUUAAUAAUUACAGUACAAUUAUAUUAUUAUCUGAAAACCCAUCUGUUAGCAUUUGGUCAGAUAAGUUUCAAAUGGUAAUGAUUAAUUAUAGUAAACUGUGUUAAAGUUUAUAGGAAAAUCUAAUGAGUGAAUUUUAUGCAAACUGAGCAAAAGUAAAAUUUUAAGGUUGUAUUCAAUCGUUUAUGUUGCCAUGGAAACUACGAAAACGUCAAAUUUUACCUGUCAAUCAAACUCUUUCAUCAGUAUAUUUUUCACUUGCCAAAUUUCAGCUUGUGAGCUGUAACCUUUCUCUUACCAUAAUUUGGCAAAUGACAUAUACGUACAAACUGCCAGAACUGAGUUCAGCCACCUUAACACCACGAACUCUGAAUCUGGAGGUUGGGGAUUCAAGCCUUGCCCAUCACAUUUCCUUAAACAAGGAACUUUACUCCACUUUGUCUCUCUUCCCCCAGGUGUAUAAAUGGGCACCGGUGACAUACUGGUGGGGGGUAACCCUGAAAUGGACUAGUAUCCCGUAAAGGUGUCAGUAGCAGUACUCCUAUUUAUACUUCAUAGUACAGAAACCAGGAUAAGCUCCAGCCGUGUGGGCCUUUGGCUUGUGUGUACCUUUACCUUAAUCUAUAGUAUACAGCUUAAAAAACAUAAAAACUUACAAAAUACUUUUAAUAAAAGCAUAUACCGGUAAACAAUCCGAUACUCUUACUUAUUGCAUUGUUGUUUUUCCUUAAGAUCAAUUUGUAGGUUUUUCAUCCUUAUAAGAAAUAAUUUGUAUCAAUAGUUGGUAGUUGUUCCAAAUAAUAAAAUGCAGAUGUAAUGCAUGCAUCGUCAAGGGUUUCAUUUUUAAUGUCUGGUCACUACCUAAUUAAGUGCCAUGGACAAUUACUGAAUAACCAGUCUUCUGUUCUGAUUAUGAAUCAUUUUUGUCUCAGACAAGAAUGAAUGCGAAGAAGAGGACAAGUGUACAGAAGGCAAAUAUUGUAUCAAUAACCCUGGUUCUUAUAGAUGUGAAGGUAGGUACAUGUAAACUUUCCAGAUAUUAUCUUAAUUCAGUGUUACCCACAAUACAGUACUCAUAGGUAAUCCAGGCAUAAGGAGUAAAAGUAAUCACUUUUGUUUUAUUGUCAGAAUGCCAUGAAUCGUGUGAAGGUAACUGUACUGCUGAGGGACCCAAGGGAUGUAUUGAAUGUGCCAAAGGUUAUACCAAGACUGACGAUGAAGGUUGUAAAGGUAGGUAAAAGUGGGUAUACUGUGAAAAAGGCUGGUGUUCUGUGAAUUUUAAAGGAACAAAAAUAUUUCAUUCCCCGCUCCUCCCCCAGCUCCCUUUUUUUAGUUUUUUAGUUCCUUGCGUCUUGUUUAUUCUAAUGUUCUGCUACAAUCUAAACGAAAAUGUCUGCUUCAGAUGCGAUGUCAAAGUAUGUGAAAUUUAUGUAGAAGUUGAAAAACUGGUGAUUUCAAACUACUUUCUCCGAAUAGUAAAGAGGAACUUAACAACGAAAAAUUGAAUUGAAUAAAUGUCAAGGGAAUGGAUGACAUAGCACGAAAGACUGUUAACUGUGUCCAUCUGCGUCUGCAAUCACACCAGGGGUCUGUUUCUCGAAAUUCCCCGGUAACGUUUAUCCUCGGAGACCUGGGGGUAACUUUUCGGGCCCAGAAAGUUGUUUCGUGUUUGCUGUGUUUGCAUUCAAGAUCAAAGUUUCAAUAAUUUUGAAUUAAUAGACUCUUCCAGUUGGCAGUGGUUUUGCAUAAAGUUACUAUGCUGGGUACCACACGGAAAACACACAAAAAGUAAUGGGCAAAAUUCUGGUGGCAGGAAAGCGCUUAAAUCUAGGGGUAAGGGAACCAGGAGAGAAGUCCUGCUCGGGGGAGACAAGAUCGAGUGGAACCGGGGUAGAAAAUAUACUAUGCUAAGUUACAGUGGACUUGCCAAAGGUGAAGGAUACUUUGUAAUCGAACAACUAGUUACUGUUCAUUGUUCUUUCUUGUACUUUGGACUAGUAUCUACUGUUACUUAGUACAAAAGCUUAUUCAAAUGUUGAACAUUGUGUGACAAAAGAACUGCUUUUGUCGCACAAAAGUGUGCUUUGAUAGGGCAUAAUUUCAGGUUCAUUAAUAUCAGUUUAUGCUACCAUAAACUUUAACCAGUAGUGUUUGCUGUUGAUGUUUUUUAAUGUAAGAAGAAAUAACGGCACUAAGCUAUUUUUAAUGAAAACGAAAGAGAAACCGUAAAACCUAGACUGCGAGUCUUUUGAGUCACAGUAGAUCGCGAGCUAUUUUGCUGGCCGCGCGUUGGUCUGAGAAGAGAAGGACGACCGCUCGCGGUCUACGUAAAACUUAACCUGUUCACAUGAUAUUUCAGAUGUUGAUGAGUGUUCGGAAAAUUCAACUAUCUGUGAAAACGGAAAGUUCUGUGACAACACGCCUGGAUCGUUCGCUUGUCGAGGUAAAUAGCUAUUGUUUUCUAUUAAUUUUUACUUACUAGGCCUUGACUGUCUGCAAUGGUAAAUAGAAAAACAACAGGUAAUUACUCAACUUCAACUUCAACUUCAACUUUAUUUCAUAAGACUAUUGGUUACAAUAGACUGGCCCGCAAAAUAGCAAUUGCUAAUCUAGGCGGACCAGUUUAAAGAAAAAUAAAUUGAAAGGAAAAGAAAGGAAGGAAAAGGAAGGAAAACUACAAUUUUAAGUUACAAUAAAUAAUAUUCUAUCACAGUUUUAUUUUAAUUACAUUAAAUCUGAACAAGCAAACAAACAAAUACUUUAAUACAGAAAUCACUAAACUAUUAAUCGAACUUUUUCACCUAUUAAGGGCGUCUCAAUAUAUUCAUCUUCUCUUUUUAAGAUAUCCGAAAGCAAUCUGUGAGGUACUUUCCUAAAUUUCUUUUUAGGAAGAUCUCUCUCUCUAUUACUUCUAUAGAGAAGAGAAGUGUGACGUCACGAAAAUUCAAAUUUGUGAAAUUAUGGGAUUGGUUAGCAUAUUCAGAAAGCAUAUUCAGCAUAUUCAGAAAGAGGAAGAUGAAAAAUGGCCCCUCGCCAAAAAUCAGCCUGUUAGUGCAAGUUGGUGAGGAUAUGAGCACUGGUUUGCUCUGAUGACUCCGCACAAAUCCUUCUAACAUUGGCUCAGAUCAUAACGUUAACGAUGGAGACAUCGGAGCAUAACGUUGCGUAUAUCUCCUGACCAAAUUGCACCAACAGGCUGAUUUUUGGCAAGGGGGCUUUUUUAAUCUUGUUCUUUUUGGAUAUGCUAACCAAUCCCAUAAUUUCACAAAUUUUGUUUUUGUUUUCUUUAUCUUUCAUUUCCUUUUAGUUCAGUUUUGUUGUUUCCUUAAACACCUCACGAGAAAGGUAACUGCGCAAAAGACUUCUCUCAAAGACUUCUCUUGGCUGAACUACAAUAACUACUAAAAGUUCUCGCGAAAAGUAACCAAUCAGCAUCGUGGCAGUUACUAUGCUUAAAAAAAGCCAAGCGUCUUAAACCAAUCGAACCAUUCUAAUCAAACCGUUUCUGUACUUGAUAAUACAGGGUUGAAAUUAAGAAACCUCCUUGAAGCUUCUGAGAAAUGGUUACUUGAUUUUACUUAACUGGUAUAAGGGUUUUCGUCCUUUUCAUUAAGCAAUUGAAGAGCUAACUGUGAUCAGCUAUAAUCGUUUGCUAGUUCAAGGGAGCAAAGACAGCCAUAGUUACAAACAUCAUAAAGGUUCUCGGAAAUUCCCUCUUGCGCAAUUUUGGUUGAUACUGUAACGACGGUGGUGUACAUCAUGACUUCCUCGGAAGAAAUGAAAGACAUUCUUCAGUAAAACUGGAAAUUGAGAUAGCCCAGCACGUCGAUGACAAAAUCAACGGAAUUGAAGGGCACUACAAAGGCAAGAUACUGGAAGAAACCAAGGGAAAUUUCGUUACCGGAAAAUCUCAAGAUACUGUGGUCCUGAUCGCCUACAAGUGUAUGUCACGUUAUGGAUCUAAAGCCUGAAAAUUUUCCGGACACAGAAGAAUUCAAGCAAAUCACUUUCUGACUCUUGAAUUGUUCCCCACCAGAACAGUGGUUUUGCGUUUUAGAGCUAUUGUGAACAUUGAAUUUUGCGAAGAAUCUCUUGUAAUUGUGAUCUUGAUGUUUUUGGUAAUUUUCAAUACCUCUCAAAUUUGAGGUAGCAAGAAUUAUUGUAAAGUUUUUCCAUCGACAGCCAAGUCUAUUAGCGUCUCUCCCCAGUCUCGCUCUCUGUUUUCACCCUCGUUCCAGACCUUUUGUUUGACUGCUCGCGCGUACUUGAAUACGCAAAAAUACGGACUGUUUUGCAGUCUAAUUCCAGAUAGUCAAACGGCUUAAAAACGUUUUAUACUGAAAGCGGAACUUCAUUUUACAUCAGGGCCUCCUUAUUCCUGCUCACUUGACUCCCUGGUCAAAACACUGAAGUUAUUUUACGACCAUUAGAAUAAAAGCUGUUUAGCACUACUUUCUUUCGGUACUUAUUGUUGACAGGGGAGUGGUGGCACUGACUUAAGCGUCCAUGGAUGAAAUCCUUGACUAUUGUUUCUCUCUAGUGCUUUCCUUUGGGUUACUUUUAAUACUUUGCGAUUUAGUCAUGAUAGCUGCUUUUGGGAUUGCCGAAAAAAUCAUUCAGCGGUAAGAAACGGCGCGCGUCGUAGACUUGGCUCAAUCCUUCCUGUUUUACCUUCAUGAUGAUUUCAUACAUUUUUUUCACGCCGGAAUUAUGGUAAAUUUAGUGUCUAGUGUAUUUUGUCGGCAGUGGUUUCCCUUCUUUCUCGGAAAGAGGCGGUAAAGUCUUCUAAUACAGUCUUGUCGGGUGGGAGCAAUGACGUCUGGCAACUGGGAAUUAAUCCCGGCGGGGUUAGCUUGUAAGUUCGGUUGAGUGGUAGAGCAAUAACAUCAGAGAAAGUUUAGUAAUAGUAUUUUCCUUUCUUUGCAGUUUGUCAUUCUGCCUGUGAAACUUGCAUUGGAGAGGGUGCAAGCGGAUGCACAAAAUGCAGCUCGGGAUACAAAAUGGCCGACAAUGAAUGCAAAGGUAGCGUUUAUUAUUUCGGGCAUUAAGAGUGUCUGGGCUUUUAACAACCUCGAGUUCAUUGCAGAUGUUAAGUCAUACGGACAGCUAGCUGUGUUUUCCCUAGUCCGCAACAGUCGUCCUUCUUUCCUCAAAGCCGCGCAGGGCAGUUAUUCAACAAAGCGGUAGAAAAGUGGAGGUAUUUUGGCCGAGAGAUUGCGACCCCUUUUCUCGCCACUUCACCGUUCACACCUCGUAAGGGCGUACUCACUGUUUCAAUAGAAAAAACUAGACACUGCUCGCGGUCUAUGGUUUCCCACGCUGCGACUUGCAUUCGUGGACUCCUGGUAGCAUUUCAUGUAACCUAUCGGAAGCAUUUUAUCUGAGAGCGUCAAAGCAAUCCAUGUCUUGCAAAAUGAAUGUAGAAGAAACCGUGGCGCUGCAUCGGUGAGGUAAUGAUAUAUCCCGGGUGAUAGACAAAAAUUUGAUUUUGAAAACGGUAAUAAAGUCAACUUCCCACGUGCAACGAGGUUGAACAGAAAACGUAUCGAGCGCUAGCCCAUUGUCAGAGCAAAUCCAAAACUAAGUGAUGGAAACUUGAGCUUUCAUUUUUUUUUCGGUUGGGCGUUACUUGACCAAUCAGCAUAUCUUGGCAAUAUGGAAGGGAUUACCUACGUCACUGACCAUAUGGGCAUGUGAUACGUCAGUACUUUUCUAGUCUCGUAUCCAGAUCUCUUUUUGGCGAAUCCGGCAAGAGAUCUGGUUACGAGAUUAGGACCUUGCUUUAGCUCCCAAUGAGCUGUAAACACAAACAGUAGCCAGUCGGGGUGGGGGCAUUAUCAAGAAUGCGGAAGGCACGAGCCUUGUAAGCGGGACUGGGGUUAUCCUCCCUCAGAAAAUUUUCAAGUUUGGAGGCUCCGAAACGCUAUUUCAGCACUUGUAAUGAGAUAUGUCUCCGAAAAAUCGACCUCGAAUCAUGAAAACUACAAACAAUUGCAAAUCACUAUAAUCAAAAUAACUGAGUCUAAAGAAAAUAAGUCCAUCCACCGGCUUGAUUUGUCUGGCUCAACAGGUCUAGGGGGGAGCAGCUGCCCCCCUCGCCCCCCGCUAGCUACGGCUCUGAGAACUCUUUGCUAGGGUAUGAAGCAAAUUUACACUUCGGCGAGGUCUGACUUCCGCAUGUCGUGAGAAUUACCUCACAUCAGCCAACUGUAAGGUUUUUAAUAAACUAUAUGCUACCCUUGGACUUAGACAGUCUGCUCUGUUGAUUGGUUUAUGAGACACCAGUCUAAGAUAAUUGAAGGUAACGGUUUUGGUGGCCACUGAAAUGGUGUGACAGAGCGGGUUUCAUGUUUCUGUUCCCUUUCCUUCAGUUUUAGAUUUAUUUUCCGUUAAUUGAUUUAUUCAUUAUUCACAGAUGUAGACGAAUGUUCCGCAGAAGAACACGAUUGUAACAAAGACUCACAGAAAUGUCGAAACAUGCCUGGUAGCUUUACCUGCGAUUGCAAGAAGGGCUUCAAACGCGAUGGAGACCAGUGCGUAAAGAACGGAAAGAAAGGUAAAAAGAAGACAAAAAAAACAAAGACAGAGGAGCAACAAAUAGAAGAGGAUCUUGCCAAAGGCAACUACUACACUGACCUUCACAUGAAACUUGGCUCUAUCCUAUAUGCCGUGUUUUUUGCUUGUGUGGUUACCGCUGUCAUGAAGCGUAGCUGGACCGCUAUUGUGGUACUUACACUUGUGUACGCUUGCAUAUUGUGGUCCUUGAGGAGUUAGUAGACAAAGAGGCCCUACCCCUUUUCUUUGACGUCAAGUGUGUUAACGGCUCUAACUUUUCGUUGAAAGGACGAAAUCCGAAGUGGUUGCUAAUUGUGCUUGUAAAGCGUGGAAUGUAACUUGUAAUAUCACUCUGAAAAAAUCUCCUAAGCUAUGACGGAAAUAAUACCUCUAAAUGGACAUGACGAAGUUCUUCCUCUGUGAUGCUGUUUGAUGCUUUACAAGGUAGCUAAUGUGUUGCUAUUCGUGGAAAAGCUGUUUGGGUGAGCGGCGUCACUUCGUUUACCGUGGCUGAAAUGUUAGAGGGGCGUAACACCACCCAAGGCUAGCCUGUGAACUGUUCAUAAAAAAUCACAUCAGUGAAUAUUGAUAACAACAGAAAGCCUCGAAACAAAAUCAUCUCUUAGGAAAAAAAAGGCGAUAGAUGAUAGAGCUUUUGCCAGUCAACUGGCUGGGAAUAUAUAUGAUUUGCGAUAAAAACCGUUUAGUUUUGAGCCGGCACAGUAUGCCGGUUUGUAAACGAGUAGAUUCCAUGUUGCCGUGGGUCUGUUCAGUAAUAGAUCACAGAGGAGGUCAAAAUUUGUUAAAAGCAUCGUGACACACUCGCCUGCGGCUCGUGGUUUGAUCUUUAGAUUUCCAGUUAAAAGCUCAGUGUGCCUGUUCGACUGAGGUUUCACAAAAGAUACUAUACUAAAUCAAGCCUCUUGUAAAGUAAAUGCUCCACUGGCUGUAAAA